AUGCACUCUCCCGAGAAAAAAAAAACCUCUCUAGCAAUAGACACUAAACUGGGCAUGUGCAGAGUGUCUCCACACAAUAUGUCUUAUCAGGAGAUAAGAAGGGGACACUGGAAGAAGGAUCAAACAGCUUAUUCUACACAAUGCAGAGGAUUAACCCCUUAGGUUCCACAGUGAGUAUAACAAGAAUGCUUUACUGCAUAUACAGGCUGAUUUUACUGUUAGGGGGGACACAGAAGACACUCUGGGGCCCCCGGGCAAUAGGGGAUCAUGGGGCCCCUGUGUCCUUCCCAAACUCAAAAAAGCCU